AUGUCACAUACAUACGCAAACCCCGCUGCAAUCAUUACGAUUUCUAUUCUCUUUCCUAUCUUGGGCACAUUAACGGUGAUUCUGCACUUCUAUACCAGAAGAAAGACGAAAUCUGUGUUGUGGAUUGACGACUGGUUGACACUGCCUGCACUGGGAUUGGAAUAUGUACUCGCCACCCUGAUGCUCUGGGGAGCAACAACAGGAUCCUUAGGAAGUCUUCUUCCUCAGCCCGAUGACCCACGUCCAGAUGCUUACAUCUUCUCAAACUCUGAUCAACAAAUCAGGCUUCUACAGAUCCAAUACGUCGCUGACAUAGUGACAGUCUGGGCAUUUGGUUUUGCAAAACUCAGCAUUCUCUAUUUCUACCGCAGCAUCUUCUGCAGUAGACGGACCAUUCGCACUGCCUUCCACUCUGUGACCAUGUGCAUGAUAGUGCUAGUCUCAGUUUGGACUGUAGUCUUUGGCAUUGGUACAAUCUUCAUCUGCGGUGCCCAUCCCGUGAACGCCUGGGGAACUGUUGCAGUCGUUACAUCCGAAUGUAGUCUACAGGUCCCGAUUGUUGAGGGAUAUGCCAUUUCUGACUUUAUCAUGGAUGUGAUUAUAUGGCUACUCCCCCUGCCGCGGAUAUGGAUGUUAAACAUUUCUGUUCGCCAGAGGAUGGCACUUGGGCUAAUAUUCCUCGUUGGUCUCUUGGCAAUCGCAGCUUCUGCAACACGAAUGGCUAUCUACAUCGCACAUCUCAUCAAUCCCUUCGCUCAAUCAGAUGGAGAAACACUCGUCACAUACCUCCUGUUCUGGACCAUGAUCGAAUGCGGUCUCGGUGUCAUCGUUAUCUGCCUCCCUUCCUUACGGCCAAUGUACAGAAAACGCGCGUUAAACUCUCUCGUCAACAGUUUUAAGAAAUACCUGUACCGAAAUCCCCAGUCUACGGCAUCGAGCGCUAUUCAAAUCGAUAGCCUAGACGGCUCGGCAAAUUCUAACUCGUCUAAUGUGAACCUUGUCAGACCAUGGCAUUCCGGGCCAUAG